AUUUCCUCUGAGCUUAGGUUUCGAUUUCAGCUAAACAAGAGUCAGAGUCAUGGCGACGGAGGCAGAAUCUGCUCUCAGAGCUAAACACACACCCGGAACCGGCUUAUAAAAGCGCGUUCCCUCCUCCGUGAGGUCGCUCAGACACACCUGCGUCCAGCAUCAUCACCGUCCACCAAGGAGCAGCUGAGGCCAGAUCCGCGUUGACAGCAGGAACCAGACCAAGUGAUUUUCAAAAACCUGCAGAGACGAAAGAAACAUCUGGAGAUGAGUGCUGCUCAGAGUGAAAUAACCCUGGAGGCCCAACUGGAGGCCCAACUGGAGGCCCAACUGGAGGCCCUGCAGUGCCACUUCACCUGGGACCUGGACCCCGGCAGGAAGAAACUUUUAUCUAUCAUUGACAGGCUCCAAGACAUCGGCACUGAGGAGGGAAACUUUUGGCUGGGUCAGGUUUACAACCUACAGGGGUACAUCCACUUCCUGCUGGGGUCCGCUGAUGAGGCCAAGAGUUUCUUCAGCAGGGCUGCAGAGGCCUUCCGUCGGAUGAGAGAACCAGACGAGGGUCCCUGGCUGCUGGUGAACUACGGGAACCAGGCUUGGCUGCACCACCGUCAGGGAGAAGAAGCAGAGAGUCGGGCCUGUCUGUCAAAGGUGGAGGCCCUGAUGGAAGAAUACCCAUCUCCAUCGGAGGACGAGCUUCAUCCAGAAGUCUACGCUGAAAAAGCCUGGACUCUGAUGAAUUUUGGCAGGAAGAAACAGCGACUGGCUGCAGAUAUCUUCCAGAGAGCCAUGAGGAUGCAGCCGGACGUGGUGGAGUGGCAGACCAGCUAUGUCUUAGGGUUAACAAGCUUGUUUAAGCACAGCGACACAGGGCUCGAGGGAGACGACUGGGAGAAGAUGAGACAAGCCAAGGAACAGGAUCCAGAGAACCUGUUCCUCGCUGCUAAAUACCUUCAGCAACUUGCUAAGAAAGGAGAGAGUGUUAAAGAUGAAGCACGUGAGUUAGCCACUAGAGUUCUGAGAAAUCCUGUCGGCAGUUACAGUGGAAUCAAACCACUACUAAUGGUCUACAGAUUUUACGUCUCCACUGAUGAGGGGGUUAAAUUGGCAGCAGAGGCUCUGGAAAAACACCCAGACGACCGUUAUCUGAAAAGAUGUGCAGCACUCGGCUACAAAUGGAGGAUCACUUCUUGGAUGGACAGUCGCCCAGAGCAGAGCAUGAUACAAAGAGCAAUCCUCCUCCAUGAGGAGGUGAUUUCUCUUUACCCUCACUCCUCAUUUGUAAAGAGAAUGGACCUUGCAACUGUAUACGCAAAGUCAAAUCAGGGCCUGGCUAAAUCUGAUCAGAUCUAUCGGGAGCUGCUCGCACGUGAUCUGGAACCUGCAGAAACACAAGUCCUCUUCAACCACUACGCAAAGCAUCUGAACUCCGAGCGACGGGACCGGCAGAGGUCAAUAGAGUAUCACAUGAAGGCGGCGGAGAUCCCGAUAGAAUCAUUCUUUCGCCAGAGCAGCAUCAAAACUCUGGAGAAGAUUCGAGACAAAAGACGAGACAGAAUGUGCAGAGAAAUCGACGAGUGUCUGGCCAGACUGGAAGAGCCACAGUAGGGGUGGGUGAUCUGGCAAAACUCCUCGAUCUGAUUUUAGAUAGUUCAUCCUCUAAACAAGCUACUUUGUCGAAAUCAGCCAACGCAGUGUUGGACUACAAAACUCAAUUAGAACUCUUGGACCCCUGGAGAUUUAAAAAUCCCCAUAGUUGGGCUUUCUCCUUCCUCUUCCAUGUGCACCACACAUUUUCGAGAAUAGCUUUUUUUUUAUUGGAUAAAAAUGUUCUCCCUCGCGUUAAAUGAUGUAAAUAUCAUACCAUAUGGAUUUCAGAUCACGCUCCUGCAUAUAUUGACAUAGGCAUUCCCACCGCUUAAACUUUUUUUUCGAAAUUAUGGAGAUUGGCCUCGCAUGUGCAAUCAGACAGGUCGUUUAGGACUUUAUUGGUACACAGAUUGGUUCCUAUCCUGAGCUUAGUGAUACCCCGGAGGUUACUAGUGGCCCAAUGUGGGAGGCUCCAGGGCAAGUUAUCUCUUACACUUCCCAGUCGAGUGUCAGUGAUUGACGAGGAACAGUUUGCUCUAGAUAGAAUGUACGCUUCCGCCCCCUCUCUCCUGCCCUUCACAAUAAACGUCUCCUGCUGCAUUCGGAGAAAGACCUUUAGAUGACGCACAUAAUGGAGAGACAGUCUAGACGAGGCUUUUCAGAAUCUCUGGUGAUUCUGAGACUUAUUUCACCAACAGGCAGUAGAAUCUCUGACCCGGUUGAGAUUAAUAGGGCCUUUUUGAUUAUGUACCUAAGAUACAGCAUUACCUUCUAGCCCUCUUGAUUCACUGAGGUACUUAACCACUCCAAAAAAAGAAAAAAGCAGCAUGACAGAAACUUUAUAAUCUCAUUUACUCUGACUCUUUAAUUUAGUUCAUUUUUAUUCAUGUAUUAUUUUAAUGGCUUGACUUACUCUUACUCUUACUUUUCAACAUAUAUUUUUUGUCACGUGAGUAAAUCAUAGUUGCAUGUAGCCUUUUGAAAACAUCAUGUGAUUCUGUUUCAAACUGGAAACUCCACUUGCGCUGGAGCUUCACAGCACUGACUGUCACUGUACGUAUGUUCUGUUAUAAAUUAACGUUGCCUAACGGAAAUAAAAGCCUGCUACAAGUUGCA